GAAUCAUGGUCGGCAUGGACCAGAAGGACAGCUACGUGGGCGACGAGGCCCAGAGCACGCGCGGCGCUCUGACCUCGAAGUACCUCGUCGAGCAUGGCAUCGCGAACAACUGGGAAAAUAUUGGGGAGAUCUCGCACCAUACCUUCCACAACGAGCUCCGCGUGACUCCGGAGGAGCACCCUCUGCUCCUCAUGGAGGCGUCCGUGGGCCCCAAGGCAGUGUUUUCGCUGUACGCUUCAGUCCGUACCACUGGGAUGGUCGUGGGUUCCGGCGAUGGCGCGUCACACGUGUCGCACAACGUGCCCAUCUAUGGGGGCUACGCGCUGCCGCAUGCGAUCCUGCGCCUGGAUCUGGCUGUGCGGGACCCUACGGACCACUUGGUGGAAUUCCUUACCGAGCGUUGCUACUUCUUCACCACCACGGCUUGGCAAAAGAUCGUGCGCGACGUCAAGGAAAAAUUCUGCUAUAUCUGGUUCGACUUCGACUCAGAGAUGAAGGCCGCCAUCCCCGACGGGAACACGACGAUGGGCAGCGAACGCCUCCGCUGCCCAGAGGCAGAGGUGCCCUUCCAGCCUAAGUUCGUGGGCCAGGAAAACAGCGGCAUCCCCGAUACCACGUUCCAGUCAAUCAUGAAAUGUGAUGUCGGUAUCCGCAAGGAUCUGCACGCCAACGUGAUGCUGUCUGGUGACAUCGCAAUGUCCCCAGGCAUCGGCGAGCGCAUGACCAAGGAGCUGUUGGCAUUUGUUCUUUCCAUCAUGAAGAUCAAGAUCGUGGCUCCGCCCGCGCUCAAAGGGGGGUACGACGAGUCGGGCCCGACCAUUGUGCGCAGGAAGUGCUUCUGA